UAAGACAACUAAGCACAAGAGAUUAGAAUUAGAAGAAGAGAGACAAAAAAUUUAUUUCUCCCAACCCCUCCAUUAUUUUCUUUCCUUCUUUCUUAUGAUUUCUUUACCGAGAGAGAAAGGGUGAUGAUGAUAAGAUAAUCAACAACAACAAGAAGAAAAACCCAUUUCUCUGGUGUUUUUCUUUUCUGAAAUAAUCCAUUUCAGAUUCUGGGUUUUCCUUCUCUCUGUUUCUUGGUAAUAACGAUGAAAUUGAAGCAGUAAUCAAAGGGGUUUUUGGAGUCUUGGUACAGGAAGUUGAAUCUCAGUUACAGAUGAUGUUGGCGAAAACUGAAUCUGGGGGGAAGAAAAAUAGUAGUAGUAGUAGUGAUAAGAGAUUGUUGCAUGAUAUAGAAGCAAUAAGUCAAGCACUGUAUCUGAACAAAAGCCCUUCAAAGGGAGGUUCUGUGCCUGCAUCUGAUAAUAAUCGAUCGAAAUCUGCGGGAAAAGCACGUUAUCCAGACACAAAGUUGAAGUCAAGAACUGUCAAGGAGGAUAAGAAACCAUCUAUAUGGAAUUGGAAGCCAUUGAAAGCUUUAGCGCCUAACCGAAGUCGAAGAUUCAAUUGUUGUUUUUCACUUGAAGUGCAUGCAAUCGAAGGUUUGUCGCUGAAUUUCGAUGAUACGAGCCUUUGUGUGCAUUGGAAAAGGAGAGAUGAAACUACACAGACGUCUCCUUCUAAAGUUGUACUUGGAGUAGCUAAAUUUGAAGAGACUUUACUGCAUAGAUGUUUUGUUAAUGGUAGUGCCAGUGGGCCGAAUCAUUCUGCAAAAUUUGAUGCGAAGCAUUCAAUGUUGUUUGUAUCGAUGGUUGGUUAUCCUGCUCUUGAUUUAGGGAAACAUCAGAUUGAUCUCACUAGGCUGUUGCCGCUUAACUUGGAGGAGUUAGAGGAAGAGAAGAGCUCAGGGAAGUGGACGACUAGUUAUAAAUUAUCUGGUAAAGGUAAAGGUGCUAGUUUAAAUGUUAGUUUUGGGUAUAUGAUAGUCGGGGAUGAUCAUGUUGAAUCACGUGGGAAUAGGAAUCCUCCUCCUGUGGCGUUGAACUCAAAGCAGAAUCGACUGAGUACUACCAGAAGUGUGAAGGGGUUCGGUAUUCGCGAUGGUGAAAAGGUACUUGUCCGUGCUGGAAGUCUUCCAACAACACCUAAUGAGCAAUCUCAUCGCUCGUCACAAUCCGUAGAAGAUGUUAAGAUACUUCAUGAGGUUUUGCCAAGUUCAAGGCAAGGCCUCUCAACUUCAGUCUCAUUACCUUGUUCAGAAUCUGAUGAAGGGACGGUGACUGCAGCUUUGGAGGAUUCUAAGACUGAGCCCGAGGUUUUCGCUGAACAAAAUGAUCUUCUUAAACCAAACUCACAUCCUUUGUAUGAGUGCAUGAAGGGAUGUUCUGGAGACGAAUGCGAAAUUCCUGAGUUUACUGUGAUCGAGCAUGGGAUUGAAAUGUGUGAGAAGGAAGAAGUGAAGCUGGAAGAAGGUACUGUAGAUCUCGAUGAUGGUACUGGAGUAAAAUCAAGUAAGGAGAAUGAUAACAUCAGUACAGACGAUGGGAUAACACUAGGAAAGGAUAUGAGUAAUAUUCCCCCAAGUGAUGAUUAUGCUAGUGACAAAGAAGAAUAUUUUCUGGAUAAUAUCAGUUCCAAGGAGAAUAACAUCGUAACCAAAGAAUCUAUAAUGGAGGAGCUGGACUCCGCUUUUCAAAGCCUGUCGAUGUUUACAUCAGAAGGGUUCGAGUCUCCCCAAUCUAAAGGUGAUUUUCUAGAGGAAGCAAAUUACAUGGAGUAUAAAUCAACUUAUAAAACAAGUAGGUCAGGAAAAUCCCUUAGUUUUGAUGAUGCUUCUUCAGAUACUGUUGCUAGUGAGUUCUUAGCUAUGCUUGGGAUAGAACAUAGUCCAUUUGGGGUAAGUUCAGAAAGUGAACCUGAUUCACCCAGGGAGCGUUUAUUGAGGCAGUUUGAAAAGGAAGCUUUAUCUGGUGGUUUAUUCGAUUUUGAUAUGGGGAAAGGGGAAGAGGCAGAAUUUGGUUACAGUGUUCCUACUGAAUCUGGAUUUGGGGACUCAUCUUUAGAUUUUGAAUUGCCACCAGUUGUGCAGCCUACUGAAGCAGGACAUCAUGGGAAUAAAACUAGCGCUAAAAUGUUGGAAGAUUUGGAGACAGAGGCUUUGAUGCGUGAAUGGGGAUUGAAUGAGAAGUCUUUCCAGCAUUCUCCACCUAAUAGUGCUGGUGGAUUUGGAAGUCCAAUUCAUCUACCUCCAGAAGAUUUUGCACUGCCUCCUCUUGCUGAAGGUUUGGGCCCAUUUGUACAGACAAAAGAUGGAGGAUUCUUGCGGUCUAUGAAUCCAUCACUUUUUAAAAACACUAAGAAUGUCGGAAAUUUGAUUAUGCAGGUUUCUAGUCCUGUUGUAGUUCCCGCACAGAUGGGUUCUGGUAUAAUGGAUAUAUUACAGGGGUUGGCAUCAAUUGGAAUCGAGAAGCUCUCAAUGCAAGCUAAUAAGUUGAUGCCCUUGGAAGAUAUUACAGGGAAGACAAUGCAACAAAUAUCAUGGGAAGCCGCUCCCUGCCUUGAAGCAGCCGAGAGUCAGGUUUUGAUGCAUCAUGAACCAAGUUUAGGGCUAGAUGCCCCUGGAAAGAAAAGGAGAAAAGCUAAAGGUGGUUCCUCUGGUCACAGGUCUAGUAAUUCGAUUAUGAAAGAAUCAGGUUCGGAGUAUGUAAAUUUGGAAGACCUUGCACCAUUAGCGAUGGAUAAGAUCGAGGCACUCUCAAUAGAAGGGUUGAGAAUACAAUCUGGGAUGUCAGAUGAAGAAGCACCAUCAAAUAUCAGUCCUCAAGCAAUAGGCGAAAUUUCUGCACUCGCAGGAAAGAGAGCUAACAUAGAUGGUUCUCUUGGUUUAGAAGGAGCUGGAGGAUUACAGCUGUUGGAUAUUAAAGAUGGUGACAAUGAUGUUGAUGGGGUGAUGGGUCUUUCAAUAACUCUUGAUGAAUGGAUGAAGCUGGAUUCUGGAAUGAUCCGUGAUGAAGACGAUCAAAUCAGUGAGCGAACCUCCAAGAUCCUUGCUGCUCAUCAUGCUUCCUCCACAGAACUGUUUAAUGGAGGGGGUAGAGGAGACAAGAAGAAGGGCAAAGGUAAGAAGUGUGGUUUAUUAGGUAACAACUUCACCGUAGGAUUAAUGGUACAACUUCGAGACCCCUUGCGCAAUUACGAACCUGUUGGAACCCCAAUGCUCGCUCUGAUUCAGGUGGAGAGGGUGUUUGUACCUCCCAAACCCAGAUUGUAUGUCACAGUCUCAGAAAAUCCGAAGAAUGAAGAUGACGAUGACGAGACUGCAACAAUAGUAGAGGUUUUGAAGGAUGUCAAGAAAGGCGAGAACAAAGAGGUUGAAGAAGAAGUUAUCCCUCAGUUCAAAAUCACAGAAGUUCAUGUUGCUGGUUUGAAAACCGACCCUGGCAAGAAAAAGCCUUGGGGAUCUAAGUCGCAACAACAAUCUGGAUCCCGCUGGCUGCUUGCUAGUGGAAUGGGAAAGAGCAAUAAGAACCCACUUAUGAAGUCAAAAGUUGUUGCAAAAUCAUCAGCACCUCAAGUGACAACAGCGGCAACAGUCCAACCUGGUGAUACAUUGUGGAGUAUCUCUUCUAGAGUUCAUGGCGAUGGUUCAAAAUGGAAAGACUUGGCGAAGCUCAACCCUCAUAUACGGAAUCCUAAUGUCAUAUUCCCUAAUGAAACUAUCAGAUUGCGGUGAGUUGAGUAUCUCCAGGAAGCAGGUGUACUUAUUCAAUUACAGUCAAAACUUAUAAUGUUCAUUAGUCGACAAUCAAUAACAACGCUGGUGAAAGGUAAAACUCGUUUUUACUUUUGUAUAUUGAACAUGUGUAGGCAGUAAUUAGAAAGUUGAUGCAGCAUCUCCUUAGCUUGUAAUAUCCUUUUCUUUGUGAAUGAAAAAGCUUGUUGAAUUGGAUCUUCUUGUUCUCA